CCAAUUUGCUUAGGACUUUGUAUAUUAUUUUUCUCCCCUUUCUUUUAAUUUUCAUGAAAUAAUAAAGCAAUUUGUAUUCUUACAAAAGCCUGUAAAUAAUAAGAAUAUUAUAUAAGCCUCCAAAGAAACGCUAACUGUAGAAUUUAAUUUAGAUAACGGAAAUCAAUGAUGAGGAAAUUAAUGUACCAUUCCAGUAGGUUUGUUUAAUAGUGGGAUAUGGCGAUGUCGGGAAUACGUGAAUUGGUUGUAACUUUAAUCCUAGUCAUAAGAUGUCUGUUAAUAUCAGGCUUCUAUUAUGGUAAAAAUACGGAUGUGACGGUGUCUCAGGCUAAAACCCAGUGCGAGUCCAUGGGACUACGGCUGGCCGUAUUCAACACCCAGUCCGAGUGGGAGGCAGGCAAAGAUUUUCUCAAUACCUACAAUUCUCUGUGGGGAAAAAGUAAAAACGUGUGGAUAGGAUUAGACAGAGACGUCAACCAGGCGACUAUGGUGUACAAAUGGACUGACGGUACUACACUUUCCUGGGGAGCAUUUUACACCACGCCUUGGAAGGAUGCUAGCACCCCCGUGGACGAUGUCACUAAGGCCUGUGUUAUAAUGGAGUGGGGUGCGAGCUUAAAUUGGAAACACCAUAGUUGUGAUGCGAUCGAGGAUUUCUUGUGUGAAGGAUUUUACAUGAACCCUGCGUCUGUUGGAAACUGGGCUACUGGCAACUCCGCCUGCGAGGGCUUGGGUAUGAAACUGGCUUCCCUGAAAUCUGCCGAAAUCAAUGCAGCUGCCAUAGAAUACAUCAACAUACAACAAAAUUCUGGGACUGUGGGGGAUGUGUGGUUCGGUUUGACGCUAACAGGAGGGCAGUAUGUUUUCCAGGACGGAACUGCGGUUAUUUCCGGGGUGUAUGGAAGCGUUCACAAUACCUAUCCAUGGAUAUAUUAUGAACCCAAUAAUCCAGGCUCUGAUUUUUGUAUCCGUCUUCAGUCUGUUGGCUCAGGACAAUUCGAGUGGGCGGACAAAAGUUGUUCAUAUACUUAUAAUUUCUUAUGCCAAGACCAAUUUACAUCAGCCACCACCACAACCACCACCACCACCACAACAACAACAACACCAUCGACUACCACCACGACACCAACUACUACAACAACAACUACUACCACCACCCAACCACCGACCACCGUUACAACUCAACCAGCGACUACCACUAAACCAUGGUGGUUUGUAGAGUACAGCGAUGACGGGCAGGCAAUUGGAGCUAAUGGCAAGACAUUUGAAAAAUCACAACCACCAGCUCGAUUUGGAGUUAUUGGCCUCGCUAUCGGGUUUUCCACCUUUGGGUUUCUGACCACCAUCAUUUGUCUCCUGUGGUUCUGUUGCAUCAGAAACAAAGAAGACUACCGCUACAUGGAAGAGGAGGAAGAGGAGGAGAAACCAAAACAGAUGUUCAUGCCCACCUCCGAUAAACCACAUGGAAUCGCGUACAUCGCUUAGCAAUACAACGAGCCAAAAUCCCUAUUGCAGCCGUAGAUUGUAGUUUCAGAAACCAUGGAAUCUGAGACAGAAAAAAUAAUUUCCCAAAGACCAUAUUUAUACAGACUUUUUAUGACAAUCUAUACUAAGUAAAAUACGCAGUCACAUCUCCUUAUGUGUUGUUGCCUCUAGCUUAAUCUUACGAAGAUGGAAGAGCAGCCACAAAUCUCCUAUAUUACAUUCCAAUCUUUCUGUUUGAAUGCUUGUUUUCAGUAAUAAAUAUUUUGAAUUACA